UUUUAAUUUCGAUUUUACCAACAAAUCGCACCCAAUCUCCCUUGUCGAAGCACCAAUUCAAUCUCUCGAGAUCAACAAUGGCUUCCUCCAAUCCCAACGCCAACGCCAACGCAAACCCAAUCUUCAUCACCGCCGACUCCAUCCACGCCCUCCUCUCCCACCGCUCCCUCAUCCGCCACUUCCACUCCACCCUCCCCGCCCUCUCCUCCUCCGUCCACACCCCUCUCCGCCACUCCCACCCCCUCUCCGCCGCCGCCUCCUCCUCCUCCCUCCUCCUCAUGCCCUCCUGGUCCUCCCACCCUUCCCUCCCUUACAUCGGCGUCAAGCUCGUGACCCACUUCCCCAGCAACUCCUCCGCGCUGAACCUGCCGGGGGUCCACGCCGUCUUCGUCCUCUUCAGCUCCCUCACCGGCCAGCCCCUCGCCACCGUGGACGCCACCGUCUUGACCCUGUAUCGCACCUCCUGCGUCUCGGGCCUCGCCUCCAAGUUCCUGUCGCGGGCCGACAGCAAAGUCCUCGUCAUGGUCGGAUCGGGCUCUCUCGCCCCACAUCUCAUCAGGGCCCACUUGUCGGCCCGGCCCGGCAUCGAGAGGGUCAUCAUCUGGAACCGGAGCCCGCAGAAGGCCGCGGCUCUGGCCGCGAAGUUGAGCGAAGACGAGGGCCUCAAAGCGGUGCGUUUCGACAGCGGCGAGAUUUUGGAUGAGAUCAUCGGGUUGGGAGACAUCGUGAGCUGCGCGACGAACUCGGAGGAGCAGCUCGUGAGGGGGGAGAAACUGAAGGCCGGCGCGCACUUGGACUUGGUGGGGUCGUUCAAGGAGACGAUGAGGGAGUGCGAUGACGCAGCGCUGGGGAGGGCCGGGAGGGUGUUCGUGGACAGCCCGGCGGCGUUCGUGGAGGCGGGAGAGCUGGUGGGGGCGGCGGAGAGAGGGGUGGCGGUGGAGAGGGGCGGCGAGCUGGGGGAGCUGGCGGGGGGCGCGAGGGCGGGGCGGCAGAGCGAGGAGGACGUCACGGUGUUUAAGUCGGUCGGAUCGGCGGUGGUGGAUCUGUUGGCGGCGCAGUUGGUGUACGAGGAGCACGUGAAGAGGAAUGGAGGGAGUCUGUAAUCUCUUAUUUAGUUUGUCAAAAUUACGUGCUAACGUAAUUUUUUUUACUUUUCUCUUUGAUUAAUCGAUUGUACCGUAUUUAAAA